AUGAAUGCCGUUUCAAUGACCAAGAGAAAAUUGGCGCAAAUUUCACGCAGAUUGGGUGGCGUCCGGGCAAGCGGAGGCGGGAUGCCCGCCGGUGGCACAUCGGCGCGGCCGCCGAGAGCCUCGGGAUACGUCCAGUCGUGGCUGGCCAAGGGCCAAGGCGACGGUAAGAAGGGCGAGGACGCGUCGCACCCCGCGGAGACGGUGGAACAUCUCGAACGCGACCUCGUGGACCUGAACGAUGCGGAGCUCGCGCCCAAGAACGCCAGCAAGGACCUGGCGACGCGGGUCCUGCCCCGGCUGUGCGCGCACGGCGUACCCGGUCCGAACACGCUCGAGGUACUGACGCGUAUGCUCGCGGACGGGGCCUGCCCCGAGAGGUUCGCGCUAAGGUACGCGUACUACCUGAUGCAUCGGAUCCUCGAGCACUACGGGCGCGCGGGGUUGGGAACGAAUGAGACCGUCAAGGCGGCGACGAGCCAGUGCAUCAAGACCCUGGGUGAGGAAGCGAAGAUCCGCGCUGGGGUGAGGCGGAUGCUGGCGACGAGGGCGCUCGUGGCGGCGGCCAGGGCGGGGGUGCCCGAGGCUGCGGGCGCGCUGCACCAGGGCACGGUGGGUGCGAUUGAGUCGCUGAGCGCGGGAGAGCAUCCGAGGGGCAAGUCCAGCAUGUUUGAUUCCAAGACGGGGAAGACGGAGGGCGGGGAUGCGGCGCACACAGACGCCGCGGCGAGGGCGGCGCUCGGCGCGCGGCGGCGGUUCAUCGCGGGGUCGGAGGAGGGCGACAAGAAGGCGGACUCGGCCGUUCCCAGUCCAAGCGCGCUCGCCACCGCGGUCAGGUCACCGGACCACGUCGCCGCGAGGCACGCGCUCUCCCUGGCGCUGGCCGCGGCGAAAGGUCCCAGAUACAAGGAGCUCGCGAUCGCGCUCGAACCCGUCAUCGGCGCCGUGGCCAAGCGCAUGGAGGCGAGAGCGGCAAACCUGGAGGCUGCGGCUGCGGCGGGCGACUCCAAGGAGGCCAAGGCUAUGGCGCGCAAGAGUGAAGGGAAACAAAAGGGUGAGCCCAACCUGGACGACCCGGGGGCGGAGCCACUGCUCCUUCGUCUGUGCGGCACUCUCAGGGCGAGGCUCCUCGGCGCGGCGGAGAGGGGCGGCGCUCCGCAUGACUGCGCGUGGGCAUGUGAGAAAGUUUUGGCCGCCGAGUUGAAAACGUACGGAGGAGCCGCGGCGGGAUCGGAAUCGUCCCCGCGCGUCGCCAUGGCGGCGUGCGCCGGCCUCUUCGCGUCGGACGCACCGUCCGGGGCGGACGGGGCGAAAGCGCGAGCCGCCGCGUGGCAGGCAAUAGUCAGGGGAGGUGGGGAAGGGGGCGAGCCGAGGCUGCUCGCAAAUUCGGCUACCAGGAUGAGGGGGGUCCUUCUCGACCCCAGCGCGGGACCCGUGGCUCGGAGCGCGGCGUGCAGGGCCGUCGCGGCCCUGGGAGAGGCGCGUGCCGCCGCGAGGGCCGUCUCGGGUGGGGACCGCGCGGGGCAGGACGGUUCGCUGGCGUCGUUAGUGGCGGCGCUGAAGGCGACUGCCGGUCCGAACUCGCCACCCGGUGUUCGGGUCGAGGCUUUGCGGGCGCUGGUUUGGCUCCAGACCCCGGACUUCGCCAACGCGGAGGCCACGUCGGAGCUGACGACACACCUCGACGACGGCGAACGGGCGGGAGGCGACGAGGGAGGCGAGGUCGAGUCCUUCGUCGGAAGUGCGAACGGGUUGGCAAAUCGCCAAAAAUCCCUCGGCGGCUUUGACGCUCGCAACCGUCUGCUCGCCGCCGUCGCGCGGCGCUGCGCCCUGGGUUGCGCCAGCGAGGAUGAAAACGAGUCGGACGCGUGGCUGACGCUCACCAUCGAUACCGUCACCGUCAUCGUCGGUUCGAACGCGCGGCAGUGCGACGCUGACCUCGCGCUCGCGUCGCUCAGGGCGGCGCAGAAAGCCGCCCCGAAACGGUCCAGGCCGUCGGUGUCGUCGCUCGCCGCGAACCUCGCGCGGAUCGCCCGCGCCCAGGACGCGCCCGCGCUCGAGGCUGCGCUGACGUGGUACCUCGGCGAGAACGCCAACUACUGCGCGGGGGAGUACGCGUGGGUGGCGGACACCGACGGGGCGCUCGUCGCCGCCGCCGCCGAAGGUGCGAAUCCCGAUACCGACGAAGCCGCCCCCGGGCCCUCGUGCGCCGCCGCCGCGAGGAACCCGUCCCUCGACUCCUCCGUCACGACUCUGCAGCGGAUACUGAUGACGUCACCGGACUUCGCCACGAGGUGCGCCGCGGUGCAGGCGCUCACGACGGUCGCGGUUAGAUCCGGCGAGCCGUUUCGACUGCGGUGUUACGCGGCGCUGCGGGGUUUGCAGAGGGCGGCGUCGGCGGACCCGGCGGCGGCGGCGGGUCCCCCCGCGCUGGCGCACGAGAUUGACGCCGCCGUGACGAUGCUCGACCACGCGUACAGGGCGAAGGAACGGUUCGCGGCGAUGCUGGCGGACAACGGUUCGGAUCCGUCGGUAUGGAACCCCGGGGCGCUCGCGGAGGUGACUGGUCGGAGCGAGGUGGUGACGGAGAUGGCGAGCAGGACGUGUUUCCUUCCGAGGAGCAAGUACCUACCCCUGGGCCCGUCGUCGGCGCCGUUCAUAGACAGGUUCAAGGAGACGCAGGGCGCGGACAGGGUAGCCGACGCGGCGGUGGCGGCGGCCAAGCUGAUGGGUCAGGAGGCUGAGAAGGCUGCGGCGCAGAGGCGACGGCGCGCUAAUCUCGUGAGCGGCGGCAGCACCAGCAGCAGCACGAGCUGGCGCCGUCGCAGGCCACGGCGAGCGGGGGACACGGCCUCGACGGGAUGCUAA